AGCGGUCAGCCGCAUUAGGAAUAGUGCAGUAAAGGUCCUUCAAGAAUGUGGGGAAUCUAUUGUCGAUGCGGGCAUUAUUAUCUUGAAGUUAAAUGGUUAGCACUUAGAAAGAAAACUUAAGAUCGUCAGUGUUCUUCCUAAACAAUAUUGGCAUCAGAAAGACACAUAUGUAGCAGCCUGCUAGAAUACCAAACGCUCAUACAGGAGAACGGAUUACUGAGAUUCAUUAUCCUCGAGAAUUCAUUAUGCCACGAUCUUUUUUGAUAAAAAAAAUGGACCCAAGAAACGUGGGGUUUUCGAAGGAAAGCGAAAUGAAAGCAGAUGAAACAGACUCUAAAGAAACAGAAAUUACCACAUCACGCUUAAAAAGCAAAAACACUGAGAACGAGAUUUUUCUGAUGGCAAAAAAAGCAAAAAUAAAUGCGUCUUCGUCACUUAGGGCAAACAAAACGAAGAAAGAGAAUCUUGGUAAUGCAUUUUCUCAAGGAGCUUUUUUUAUGGAAUCUCCGCCACAGUUUAUGGAAAAGCAAUCAGGAAUCUUCGAAAAUCUUCCGAAACUGUUUGAAUCGACGGAAUCCAAAGGUCCAUCGUCUUUUUCGAAUACAGAUCAAUUCUAUUGGAAUUAUCCUCGAAGUUGGAAUUCACUUCCACCUUUUAACGUUCCUCAACCAUCUCCAUUUCGUGUUCAAUGGAAUGGAUCUCAAAGAACUGGAUUGCAGUAUGAUUUUGCAUAUCGUUCUUGGCUUUUUCAGCAUAGCUGGAUGAACGCAGGCUUAUUGGUCGUACAACAACCAAUGAAUGGUUGCUUUUUGCCCACACGGCAGCCAAUGAUCAUCGCGAAGGGGCUGCAUUACGCAACAAGACAGGAAAAAAGUUCCACCACAAAACCCCAAAAUGGAAAAGCAAAAAAAAUCAAGAAGUUACAUAGCUGUUCUGUAUGUUCAAAAAUCUUUACGCAGGCGGUCAGUCUUAGACAGCACAUGAUCGUCCACUCCGCAGUGAAACCAUUUGAAUGCAGAUAUUGCUCAAAAUGUUUUAAGCGAUCUUCCUCGCUUUCCACACAUCUUCUCAUUCACACUGGUGUUCGUGCUUUUGCCUGCGAAUACUGUGGCAAGCGGUUUCAUCAAAAAUCUGACAUGAAGAAACAUACGUUCGUUCAUACUGGUCAAAAACCGCAUCGCUGCACUCAAUGUGGAAUGUGCUUCAGUCAAUCUUCAAAUCUUCUUACUCAUUGCAAGAAGCAUAUAGGAUUUCGUCCGUUCUAUUGUGAAAUUUGCGGUUCUUCGUUUCUAAAGAAGAUAGAAUUACGUAGACAUCGAUAUGAACACGAGUAUGGAGGGAAAGAAUGAAAAUAUUUAAAAAAAAUGACAAUAAAUGCAGUUGUCAAUCGACUAUUGUAGUUAUGAACGUGUUGUAAAAUGAAAGUAUAAGAUAUUAUGCUCAAUGGAUUAAGAAUGGUGAUAAUGAAUCAUAAAA